UUAAGGUUAGGAUGAAACCUUGUGGCGAGAGUAGCCGAGCUGGCGAGAGCUGCUGAUUUGAAUGGAAUAACAGGAAAUUUACUAUGAAAAAAUGGCACGUUUAUUUAACAGACAGGCGAUCAAAGACCUGGCUAAGAUGCAGGUAGCCAGAUAUGGAAAUAAAGCAGAACAUUGGUCUGUGAUUAAAAAGAAAAAGACAUACAUGGACACAGCACUGAAACAUUUUGACGAGUUCUAUGGUAAUGUCUAUGGAAAGUCAUGGGAACAUAUAAAAACUGCAUUAUUGAUGGAAGAGCAUAAAUAUAUGGCUGUUGUAAACUCCUUCAGUGAUAUAGACAGAAUAAAGUUACAGUUAGAGUCCCACGGUGCUAUGAAUUUAAAAACAAUUUAUGAAGCCUAUAAAGAACAUAUUGAUGCAAAUCCACCUAAAUCUAAUAAAACAAAGAACAAGCAAGCAAAAGGUCGAAUAAAAUCACUAAUUUCUGAUGCUGAGGUGUCAACAGUGCAGUCACAUUAUCCUACAGAUUAUGUAUCACCUACAUCUCUAAGUACAAGUGAUGAAGCUGAGGAUAUAGCAGUACAGAAUCAAGGGUUGCAGCCUGUUGAAAUGAAACCUAUUGAAUCAGAUUUGAAUAAAAUUGUCUUAGACGAAAAUCGAAUCAUACAGCCCAAUGCUGGCUUGAGUGGAUUAUAUGAAUUUGUACCAGCCACAAAAAUUAAAGGUAUGGAAGAUUGGGUAUUGGAAUCACAACACUAUGGCUAUUACAAAGAGGGUGCAAGUUUUUCAGUGAACAUCGAGAAAGAGAUUCUAUUAACAUUUCCACAAUAUCUUAACAUCUAUACGUUUGAGGAAAAUAAUGAUAGCAGAUUCCCAUCCCCAAAGAAAGGAUCAACUGGCGUUUUAGAUUAUUAUCUUCUGGAUGGUACCUCGGUGUUACCAGUGUUAGCCUUAGACUUGCAACCUGGUGACAUCGUGCUAGAUAUGUGCGCGGCGCCAGGAGGUAAGACCUUAAGCAUUCUUCAGACACUCAUGCCACAGAUAAUGGUGGCUAAUGAUGUUCAAAAGUCUCGAGUGGAGAGAAUUAAUAAAGUCAUAAAUCAAUAUGUAGCUGGCAUUGGCCAGUGGGAGGACAGAUUAUGUGUGACAGAGCGAGAUGCAAGAUUUAUUGACGAUAAUGAUAUGUAUAAUAAGAUCUUGGUGGAUGUGCCGUGUACUACGGACAGACACGUUUUACAUUCGGAAGAAAAUAAUAUCUUCAAACCGCAAAGAAUACGAGAAAGAUUAAAAAUACCAGAAUUGCAAGCAGCCAUUUUAACUAAUGCAUUGAAGAUAAUAUCGGUUGGUGGAACAGUUGUGUAUUCUACUUGUUCUCUCAGUCCUAUUCAAAACGAUGGCGUCGUCGGCAUGGCGCUGAAAAAGGUCUGGGAAGAAACUAAUUCUAUUAUGAUUGUAAAAGAUAUGAAUAAAGCGCUGAAUCCAUUGAAAUGUCUUUAUAAAUUUGGCAAUUUUGGAUUAAAAUACGGCCAUAUCGCCAUUCCUACGCUUCAAAAUAAUUGGGGCCCCACGUACUUUUGUAAAAUAGUACGAACACGAUAAUAAUAGGUAACGUCUGAUCGUUCGCUUCCUCAUCAGGUGCUUCAAUCUGGUUCCAAGGUUGUUCGUUACCGCUUCCAAAGAUAG